UUUUGAGGCAGAGGUUCGCGAUCGAGGAGCAACCAGUCCCCAAUCUGCAAUUAACGUCGAUCGUCAAGCUCGAAAAUCUACUCAGACCGUUGUUAGCUUACACGGAGUGUGCAUGUGUGUCGAAACAAACUUUUGUUUUGUUUGUCUACGGCAGCCGAGAAAAUUGCAAUCUAAAAAUCGGAGAACGGGCCCAAGACGUGAUUUUUCGAUCAGUUGAGCAACGGCACUCGAAGCGACCGGAGCCAAAAAAAAAACACUUCAGCAGCUGACAUUUGAGUUUUUGUUGCCCUGUUAUUGUUGAGAACAGCAGCAGAAUGUCGACGAAAUUCACUAUCAACGGGGUGUCGUAUGCAGUGAACUUAACCAAUUUUCCCCCGGAUAUAACUCUGAACACCUUUAUUCGGGAGCAUGCCCAACUUACGGCCACCAAAUUUAUGUGCCAAGAGGGAGGAUGUGGCGCCUGCAUUUGUGUGGUGCGCGAUGGAAAGCGCAGCUGGGCCGUCAAUUCGUGCCUCACUCUGCUGAAUACCUGUGCCCAGCUGGAGAUCGUGACCGCCGAGGGACUGGGAAACCAGCGCACGGGCUACAAUCCCAUCCAGAAGCGACUGGCCAAGAUGAACGGCACCCAGUGUGGCUUCUGCUCACCCGGAUUCGUGAUGAACAUGUACGGACUGAUGGAGCAGCACGAUGGGAAGGUCACCAUGUCGGAGGUGGAGAACUCCUUUGGGGGCAACAUUUGCCGCUGCACUGGCUAUCGUCCCAUUUUGGAUGCCAUGAAGUCCUUUGCCGUGGACAGCAACAUUCGGAUUCCGGCAGAGUGUGCGGAUAUUGAGGAUCUGAAGGCUCGAAACUGCCCAAAGACAGGGCAGCCCUGCAGUGGCAGCUGUCAGCCAUCCAAUUUGGUCUACGACGACGGAAGUCAGUGGCACUGGCCCAAGAAUCUGACCGAACUUUUUGAGGCCCUGGCCAAGGUCAAGGACUCGGAUGAGUUCAUGCUGGUGGCUGGCAAUACAGCUCAUGGAGUCUACCGCAGAUCCACCGAUAUUAAGCACUUCAUUGAUGUCCACGGAGUGGAGGAGCUGCAUCAGCACAGCUCAGAAGGGCAGCAACUGAAGUUGGGAGCUAAUCUCAGUCUGACCCAGACCAUGGAAAUCAUUCGCACCACAUCUAAGCAAGCGGGAUUCGAGUAUUUGGAGGUCCUUUGGAAUCAUAUCGAUCUGAUUGCUAAUGUUCCAGUUCGAAACUCUGGAACUUUGGCCGGCAAUAUAUCGAUUAAGAAGCAGCAUCCCGAGUUUCCAUCUGACAUCUUCAUAUCCUUUGAGGCCCUGAACGUUAAGGUUCUGGCCUUGAAAAGUGCCACUGAGGAAAAGGAAAUGUCCCUGUCAGAAUAUCUAAGUACAAGUGAUGGGAAACUGCUGCUAAAGGCAUUUAUUCUCCCUGCCUAUCCGAAGGAUAGGUACAUAUACGAGUCCUAUAAGAUCAUGCCUCGUGCCCAAAACGCCCAUGCUUAUGUCAAUGCGGCUUUUCUCCUGGAAUUGGAAACCGACUCCAAGGUGAAGUCUGCCCGCAUUUGCUUUGGCGGAAUUCGUCCCGACUUCGUACACGCUACAGUGAUUGAAAAAUUGCUGGUGGGUCAGAAUCCCUAUGAGAGCAACAUGGUGGAGCAGACAUUCACCAAAUUGGAAGACCUGAUUAAGCCAGAUGAGGUGCUGCCCGAUGCCAGUCCCGUCUAUCGCGCCAAGUUGGCAUGUGGACUGCUCUACAAGUUCCUGCUUAAGCACGCUCCCGAAGCGGAGGUUGAUGAAAAAUUCAACAGUGGAGGCCAGAUCCUACAGCGACCUCUCUCCUCCGGCCAGCAAGUUUUCCAGACCCAGAAGAAAAACUACCCGGUCACUGAGGCUGUGGAAAAGGUGGAGGGCAUGAUCCAAUGUUCGGGGGAGGCCACCUACAUGAACGAUGUCCUGACCACUUCCAACACGUUGCACUGCGCCUUCGUGGGGGCUACCAAAGUGGGAGCCACCGUUGACCAGAUCGAUGCCUCGGAAGCCCUCCGGCAGCCCGGAGUGGUGGCCUUUUACUCUGCCAAGGACAUUCCCGGAACGAACACCUUCUGUGAGCCCACUUUUGGCUACGUUGUGGAGGAGAUCUUCUGCUCGGGAUUGGUGCGCCACUCGGAACAGCCAGCGGGCAUAAUAGUGGCUCUGACUGCUGACCAGGCCCAACGUGCUGCAAAGCUGGUGAGGAUCACCUACAGCAAUCCCAGCUCGGACUUUAAGUUGCUUCCGAGCUUGGGAGAUGUAUUUGCAGCUCCUACUCCGGACCAAUCCCGCAUUGUGCCUGUAUCCAAUUCGGACUCAAAGAUGAUCAAAUUCACGGAUCAACCUGACAAAGAGGUUAGUGGCAUUUUCCAGAUGGGUCUGCAGUAUCACUUUACCAUGGAGCCCCAGACAACUGUGGCCAUUCCCUUCGAGGACGGACUAAAGAUCUUCUCGGCCACCCAAUGGAUGGAUCACACUCAGUCCGUGAUUGCUCAUAUGCUGCAGGUAAAGGCAAAGGAUGUGCAGCUGCAGGUCCGAAGACUGGGAGGCGCCUAUGGAUCGAAGAUAUCCCGUGGCAACCAGGUGGCCUGUGCUGCCUCACUGGCUGCCUACAAACUGAAUCGUCCCGUUCGAUUUGUCCAAUCGCUGGAGUCCAUGAUGGAUUGCAAUGGCAAACGAUGGGCUUGUCGCUCCGACUAUCAGUGUCACGUGAAGUCCAAUGGCAAAAUUGUGGGUUUGACAAACAAUUUCUACGAGGACGCUGGCUGGAAUGCGAACGAGAGUCCCAUCGAGGGUCACUCGACCUUCACGGCCACUAAUUGCUAUGACCUAAAUGGAGAGAACUUCAAGAACAACGGCAAUGCUGUGCUCACAGAUGCGCCCAGUUCCACUUGGUGUCGGGCUCCGGGUUCCGUGGAGGGAAUCGCCAUGAUGGAGAACAUAAUCGAGCACGUUGCCUUCGAGGUGCAAAAGGAUCCUGCCGAAGUGCGACUGGUCAACAUUCCGGCGGGAAACAAGAUGUCCGAAUUGUUACCCCAAUUUCUUGAGUCGAGAGAGUAUGCACAGAGAAAGAAGGAGAUUGAAUCACAUAAUGCCAAAAAUCGCUGGACGAAACGGGGACUUGGACUGGCUGUGAUGGACUACCCCAUCUUCUACUUUGGCCAGUAUCCGGCUACAGUGGCCAUCUAUCAUGUGGACGGCACGGUUGUGGUUACCCAUGGAGGCAUCGAAAUGGGACAGGGUUUGAACACAAAAGUGGCUCAGGUGGCUGCCUAUACCCUAGGAGUCGACUUGAGCUUUGUCAGGGUUGAGUCCUCGGACACCAUCAACGGGGCUAACUCAAUGGUCACCGGAGGAGCUGUGGGCAGUGAAAGUCUGUGCUACGCGGUCCGUAAGACUUGCGAGAUCCUCAACACUCGCUUGCAGCCGGUGAAGAAGAAGGAUGCCAGUUGGGUUGAGACCAUUCAGGCUGCCUACAUGAAGUCCAUCAACCUGAUAGCCUCGGAUCACUACAAGGAGGGCGACAUGGAGAACUAUCACAUAUACGGCCUGUCCCUAACCGAAGUCGAGUUGGACGUGCUCACCGGAAACAGUCAGAUCAAACGCGUUGAUAUCCUGGAGGAUGCUGGAGAGAGCCUGAGUCCGUACAUAGACAUUGGGCAGGUCGAGGGGGCCUUCGUCAUGUGUCUGGGCUACUGGAUGAGUGAGCAGCUGGUCUACGACCGCGAGACAGGUCGUCUGUUGACCAAUCGUACCUGGAACUACAAGCCGCCGGGGGCCAAGGACAUUCCCAUCGACUUCCGCAUCGAGCUGAUCCAGAAGCCCAAUCCGACUGGAGCUGGGUUUAUGAGGUCCAAGGCCACCGGAGAGCCACCCUGCUGUUUGGCUGUGAGUGUGGUGUUCGCCCUGCGACAGGCCCUGAAUUCCGCCCGCCAGGAUGCGGGGCUUCCACGGGAGUGGGUGCGGCUGGGAGCUCCCACAACUCCAGAAACUCUGGUGGUCAAUGCAGGACACGAUGCAGCGGGCUUUAGGCUAAAGUAGAUUUCUGGUUGGAAGGUCAUUUUAUAUACUUUUUAUACUUAUUAUUGUUGUUCUCCAAUAUAUGUUUGAAAUAUAUAUUAUACUUUAAUACUUA